AUGGCGGCAGCCAACGCCAUAGACCGUUUGGAGAGACUCCGUAAUCGUUUAUCGAUUAAGCAUGAGCUUUGUAAAGGCAUGCUGGGUGAAUUCAUUGGUACCGGACUGAUGACGUUGGUCGGUACGAGCGUACUGGCUCAGAUACGCCUAGCAGCUGGGAACAAGAUGAGAGUUGAUAGUACACGUGUAGAUGGUGCAGAUGCUGGAGUACAUGUAUUCUACACUCUGAUCAACACUAUGAUCGGGUGGGGUCUUGCUUAUGCAUUCGGCUAUGCAAUAGCACGAAAGCUCUCAGGCGGCCAUCUGAACCCAGCGAUCUCAUUGAUGUUUUUGUCCUUCCGUCAGAUCUCGCCGCUACGAUUUGUCCUUUACGUCCUUGCACAAGUGGCAGGAGCCUUUGCUGGUUGUGCUAUCACUUAUCUGAUGUAUUAUGAUGCUUUGGAGCACUAUGGUGGCCCAGAACGUCAUGUCCAGGGCGUCAAUGCUACAGCCGACAUUUUUGCGUCAUAUCCAAAUCCUCAUUUAGGUCGUCUAAAUGCAUUCUUGGAUCAGCUGAUCAGCUCUGCAAUCUUUUGCUUCUUGUUCGCACACAUCUUCGACAAGCGCAACUCUUAUCCAAAUUGGAUCCGUCCGCUCCUUGCUGGUCUUGCAUUCCUCAUGAUUGGAACUGCUUUUUCAUUUAACUGCGGUUUCCCAGAUAACCCGGCACGUGACUUUGGAGGACGUUUGUUCAGCAUGCUUCCAUACGGUGGUGAAGUUUUCAGCUACGGAAAUAGAAAUAUGAACUGUUGGUUCUGGAUCCCACUUCUGGCUCCACUUCUUGGUGCUCUUCUUGGUGGUUGGUUGUACCAGCUUGCUGUUGGUUUCCAUAGCUCCGUUGAAGAUCCUGAUGUGGAAGUACGCAGAUAUGAUGUCGAAGUUACUCAAGAAUUGAAACCGCUGACAACCAAAGGGUGUGUAUUUUUUACUUUUUGAGG